AUGUCAUUGUAUUUGUAGAAAUAGAAAAAAGAGAAAAUAAAAAUAUAACCUAACUAAAAUGUGAACAUAGAGGAUUAGAUUGUGAAUACUGUACAUACUAAUUUCUAAGAGUUUUUUGAUUAUAAGAAAGGAUUAUGUGGAUUGCCAACUUACAUCACAAUGAAUAAUGAUUUAGUAUUUGUUGGAAUGGAAUACUCGUACGUUUACAUCUUCCAAUAAGUAAGCAUGAUGUGAACAUCUAGGAUAACGAUUUUAAGCAUGGAUAUAAAAUACUUGGGAAGGAUACUCAAAUUUAUAGGGGUUAAGUGAAAAUGAUAUAAAUUUCUAAUGAUAACUAAUUACUAUUGGUGACAUAUUCAAACAAUGAGUUUGUGAUCUUUAGUUUGAAGGUAUGAAUAGGUAUCUAAUUUUAUAUAGUCCUUCAAAGAAGUGUUACAGCAGAGAUACCAACAUCUAAAAUAUGCUUAUAUGGUGCCUAUGUCAAUUAAUUCUGACAAUUAGCUUCAAUUAAGAAAGGAAUAGUAUUACGAAAUCAUUAUUCAUUUGGAAAACAAUUACUUAUUGAAGGUUCCUUUGGAGGCGAAUUUAACCACGUUAGAAUAGAAGAUAAGCAUUCCUAUCUAUAAAUUUGGUGAACCUUGCGAGAAAUAAAAGAUUAAGGAGAAUACACAUGCUGUAUAAAAUAAAAAUGUUAUUUUUAGAAAGUUUUUGAAAAUGAUUAUGUGAUGCCUCAAUAAUCAGUAAUUCAAGAUGUUUCCAUUAUGGAUUCAUGUUACGAAGAGUUCAUCUAAUGUAUGGAUGACAGAGAUAGCACAACUUCAUUAGGGAGUCAAUUAGAUCAAUCACCAACUAAAAAGAAGAAAAAUAAUUUUUUUAAAUAAAUAUUUUAAACCAGCACCAACUAAAAAUAAGAAUAACUUGAGGAAGCAAAUGAGUAUGUAAUUAGUACGCAAUUUGUAAGAUUUAAUGUAAUCAUUUAAGUAUUUAAUGGCAGUUGGAUUUGCAAAUAAGAUCCAAGUUGUCAAAGUGUUUUUUGGGUAUAAAUUAAAUCAAGAACAAUCAAAAAUAUACUUAUUAUUGAAUUUUUAAAGACCUGACGCUUAUAUUUACAAUUUAGUGUUUAAUUAGCCACAAGCAAGUGAUCAAUAUAAGCCUAGAUGUUCAUGCGCUUGGGGAUUGGGUAGUUUCAAGGAGACAAACAAGAGAUAUGUAUUGUUAAUCAUAAAUUGGGGAUGCAGAGAAUAUUAUGCAUUUAAAGUGAUGUCUAGUGAUUACAAAAUUCAAGUAGUACAAGGAGGUCAUUUUUAUAAUUCUGUUGAUUUAAGUAAAUUAAGAGAACUCCCAACAGUAUGUAAUUUCAUAACAAAUUCUGUUUUUUACUCUGUUAUUCACAAUAAAGAAGAUCAGACUAACAUCAAACUAUUCACAACCUCUUAAUUUGAAUAUGGUGUCCCAUUUAGUUUAGGUUAAAUUUUAAAGCAUUUUCUAUAGGAGAAGCAUAUCUAAACAUUGUAGAGUGGUCAAUAACAUCCAAAGUUCUAUACUUUUGUAAGAGAGAACAAGUAGGAAAUCACAAUUAGUCAGAAUGUGAUGGAUUCAAUUAAUGAUGGUUUUCAAAAAUCAAAUGAUAUUAUUUUGAAUUAUAAGUAAUUGCAUCCUAAUUGUAAGAUUUUCUGUUUAAAUGUAGUAUAAAUCAUUUAUAAAAAUGAACAGUGUUAUAUUUUGAAUGGAACUGACUUGCAAUCUAUUCGAUUAAAGAAAUGGGAUGAACUGUUGUAUGAAUAGAGUGAUAACAAUGAAUGGGAGAGGUGUUUCUAAACUGCAGUUGAUAUACAUAGAGGUCAUCUGACUUUAUUAUGCAACAUUCCUGAAAAUGAUGUUUAAAGACAUUUUUGUAUCAAGGAGACUUGUUGUAAGUUAGGUUUGUAAUAUCUUUUGUCGUAAUUGCCAAAUAAAUAAUUGAAAAAUAGCUAAUCCGUUUUAACUAUCAUGCAUUUCCUAAUUUAAACUCAAAAUGAGGAAUACUUAUUUGAAUCGAUUGAGGAUCUCAUGGUAGGAUGUGGUUAUAGAAAUGUGUUUUAUGAUUACUUAAGGGAAUUGCUCUAAUACCAUGAGGUGAGCAUUCCAUAUUAGCAUUAAAUCAAAGUCUUGAAGAUGUUCACUGAAAUGGAGGAUAAGGAAACUUGUACUAAAUUGAUAAUGUCAAUUUAAAAUAUAUAAAGAUAUGAUCCAAAAGGAUUAAUAGACUUCUGUUUGGAAUAGGAUCUCAUAGAACCCAUGAUGCACGUUUGUUCAUAAAUCAACGACUUUCUAACUCCAUAUCUAAGAAUUAUUACACUCCUUAGUCUUCUCCAAAGCAAGAAUGCUUUGAGCGAGGAAGACAAUAAAAACAUUACUACUUUGACUCUGGACUAAUGUAAAGCCUGUCUAUUUAAGUAUUCUUAUAGAUGUAUAUAAGUUUUUUGUCCUUCUGUUUUACAGGUCAAAAUCAAUCUAAUCCUGAAUCUUUCUUUACUGAUAGACAGUUCAAGGCUAUGUUCAAAGAUCUGUUCGAAUACUUAUUUGAUUUGGAAAACAUCCAGAAACUAUUUGAAAUUGAUUACAUCAAGACUUUGGAAGUCUUUUUGGCCAUCUUUUCGGAAAGAAUACAAGAGAGCUUUAAGCAAUUCUUGAAUGAAGGCAAGGAAAUUAACAUUGAAAUAUCCAACAAUACAAUGAUUGGGUUCUUACCUGAAAUACUGGGUAAGAUAUAGGAUUAACAUUAGAUAUCGAUUAAACGGAUUAUCAUCUAAGGAUUUUAUCUAAGGUUUAUGUUUUAAUAAAAAUGGCAGAAUAGGCAUAUUUUGGUAGGAUCAAUAAUGCUAAGGUGAUAGAUGAGUAUAUGAAUUAUUCUUGUGCAUUUUCAACCAAUGUUUUUGCCAUUUGUCCAUUCCACUUGAAUGUUAAUCACAUUAUGAUUAAUCUAUUAGAUUACAUGGAUGCUCUUAGAAAAUAGCAUAACACGCCAUUUGACAUAAAUUGGAUUUUGCGGGGUAGAGUUUAAAAAGAUUUAUCUAGUGAAUUAGUGAAGAAUGAAUUCUUACACAAAGUUAUGGUAAAAGUGGAGAGGUAAUUUGAAGGGUAGUUUAAAUUAUUGGAAGAGUUGCGUUUAAAAGCUUAAGAAGACAAUUGGUAAUGAAGCAAUAGAAUAUUCAAUAGGAUUUGGAUGGAAGCAUUUUGUUUAAUAAAGAUGAAACGGUUGCCUGAAGCAUUAUAUUUAUAUAUGAGACAUCCAGACCCAUUAUUAUCUGAACGUGUAUUUACAGCAUUGGCAGUCUAACUAAGAUAAAAGCAACAAGACGAAUUCAUACAAGAUUGGAUUUAUAAGAAUUUGGCUUUGCUUGCAGCUGAGAACUCGCAUAAGUUGUUUUAGUUACUAUAUACAUACAAGAAAGAUGAUUUAAUGGAGGUGUUCAAGGAGAUGAAACAAGUGGGAGUGGUGUUGGUGGAUUAGAAAAUAAAGAGUUAACAUAAGAUGGACCUCCUAUCUGGAUUUGUGGAGUAUUUGAAACCAAGAAUGAAGAUAGAUUAAGAUCUUCUUAAGAUUUGA